AGCAGUAAUAAAAAAAUGGAAAAAGAGUUGAAAGUUUUACUGACAAGAAUAACUGAUAUAAAAUCUCCUAAAUUAGUCGAAGAAAAAAAAGAUACUCUUUAUAAAAUACAAGACAGUAAAUUUUACCAAGAAAAUAAUUCUGAAGAUUGGUAUUUUGAUCACAGUUGUUAUGAAUUGCAAAAAACUAUAAAAAUGCAAUUGAAAAGAAAAAAUUCUCGCUAUGAAAGAAAGCGAAAAAUUGAGAAGAAUUUUGGUGAUACAUUAAAAAAUGGAAAAGUCCGUGUUUAUGAUGGAAAUAUGUCUGAUUUAAAUGAUAAUAAAAUUGUUACUCAUGGAAAGGAAGUGACUUCACUUGAUGAAUGUACAGGCUCAAUUAUUUUAAUUAAAAAUGAAACUAUUUUGAAACGCUCAGCAAGAAUUUACACUUCGAUAAUUUACAAAAUUCUUUUUGCGGGAAAAUAUGCUUAUAAUGAUAAUUAUAAACAGACAAUUGAAAAUUUUGGUGGAAAAGUUGUUUCCGAUUCAAAGAUAGCAACAGUUUUAGUUGCUAAAAAAGUUAAGAGAACAAUGGAAUUUUUAAGUGCAAUUUGUCGGGGAAUUCCGAUUGUUUCUCUCAAUUGGAUCCAAGAUUGUGUUGAAAAUCAUAGAUUCGUCGAUCCCAAUAAGUAUUUAUUGAAAAAUAUUGAAUCUGAAAAAAAAUACAACUUUAAUUUGAAAAUGAGUUUGAAAAGAGCGAGAGAAAAAAAUUUAUUUGAAGGAUACUACUUCAUCAUUACUUCGGGCAUUCAAAAAAAAAGUUUUAAUCAAUUAAAAUAUCUAAUUGAAAUAGCUGGUGGCAUUGUUUACAAGAAUAUUUCUAAAAACCUGAAACCUCCUGCAAUGAUUGUAACUUGCUCAAAAGAUGAAAAAAAAGUUCAAAAUUUAAUGAAAAAAAAACCAAACUUUUUUGAACGCGUUGUUACUAUAACUUUUAUUACAGACUGCAUAAUUAAUCAGGAAAUAAUCCCCGAAUAAGCUUAGAAAUAAAGCAUAUAAAUUUGUUAUUAUGUUUCAGUCAUUUUUAUUUAGUUAUUUAGUAU